AUGGGAGGCCUUGAACACGUCGAAGACAUAUUGUCGACUUGGACCUAUCUCUCAAUGAAGAUCCGGGUCCCGUUUCCUCCGAGAGUUUUGGUUCUGUGCAAGGAAACAGACAGCAUAUUUAAGCCCGAAGCUUUGGAGGCUCGCAUUCACAAGGAACAACCGUGUUCCAACGACGCUAAGGUCACACAUAUCCGAGUUCUUAGCAGAACGCAGGCUCUAAUAGACGAGGAGCCAACAACAUAUAUCGACCGGGCUCUGAUCAUUGCAUCCGCCCUGCAAAUCAAUGCGUACCCGCCAGGGGUGCAUUUUUUUCCUCCGGAGCAAACAUUUGACGAACUUUACGAUGGGUGGAUUGAUGAAAAAUCGACUUUCGGGACCCUAAAUGCUCGCGUUCGCUCCACUUUUGUUACUUUGGCCACCAAAAGACGCCAGCUGGUUGAAGAGCAGAACAUACGAUGGUAUCAUCCUCCCGCGCUCACAUCGAUCUUCUUCAACGUUUCAAGGCUGUUUGGGCAGCAUUUGAAGGCAGUAUCACCUGCUUUGUUUGCUUUGCCCAGACGGCGGACCGAAGCCUCAGUUGCGGCCAUCGGCUAUGCGAUCCCUGCGUCGUCUUAA